GGUGGAUGGGGACUUUUCUUUAAGCGUUGCAGGAAAGAAGAUUUGGGCUCGGUCCUUUUGCUUCUUAAAAUCAAUGGCGUCUCCUGUUGGUCUUGUUUGGCAGGUAAUCCUCUUGUCCGAGGAUUAGGGUUAGGGUUUCCUUCUCGUUGUUUCCUCAAGAUCUCUGUUUGUUUAGUUGUAGGAGUAUUUGACGAUUGAGAUCACUGGCGCUCUGCUGUUUCGUGGCUGGCACGGCUUUUUUGUGCUUCUUAGCUUUUGUUGAAGAAAGAAGCGAGCUCCAUUUCUUGCUGUUGAAGAGGAUUUGGGGUUUUCGUCUGUAAAUUGUCGUAGGAACUUAUCGGCUGGCUUCGAACUUUCUUGAACGUCCCAGUGUGACUUAUCCAAGCUUAAUGUUUUCCUUACUCGCGGUUGUGAAUGAAGCCAGCUGGGUUGAUAGUGAUGAAGGAACAUAUUAAGGUAUCACGGAGUGGGUCUGUUUGUCCGAGUGCGAAGUGGAUAUAGUGAGUUUUCUGUGUAAUUUUAAUUAGGGUUUCUUCCUGCCUCCGGUUAAUAAAGGCUUUAGGGAGUUUGUAACUGUGCAGGUGGCCCUGAUCUGGCUUUUUCGCCUGUCGUUUUCUGGUAAAGGGCGACAUAUUUACGGAAAUAGGGAUUCUCGGUGCUUUUUAUAAUUUCUGCUGCCUUUGAUGCUUUCUGGAAUACAAAACUGAGGGCUACGUUGGAUAAGACGCAUCGGCAGCUUUGAAAGUCCUUUUUAAAAGGUCUGAAGAAGGAUCGGCAUCGGAGAAGACGAAGCAGGAGGGCCUUUCGAAAACGCCAGCAAAGAAUAGUCUUUUAAGGACCCAGGAAGGGUCUUUCCGCUGUCACUGGGAAAUUAUUGAUAUAAAAUUAUUUCCAGGUGGAGAGAAAGAAAGCCGGAAGAGGAAAAAGUAAACAGAGCCGAUUUCACUUUUUUCUUAAGAGUUGAUGCUUCUAGGUCAAAAGCGUCUUUUCUCUUGCACUUUUCUUGCACAGUGAGAUAUAAACAGCUGCUCCCGUAUGUGCAAAUAUGGCAAUGGUGGGAUUGGGGUGUUAUUGAUGGAAAAAGCUUGUCUUCAGGAAGCUCUUCUUUGUUGCCUUUCUGCUUCCUUCAUGCGCUGUUAACUUAGCGUUGAAAUUUUUCUUUGGAGGUUUUAAGGUCGAAGCUUUGGAAACAGAGGAUAGAAGGAAUGAGUACUGGAUUGCAGCAUAAGCGAGGAAGGACUGAUAAGGGUCCGCAUUUAACUGAGAAGGUUGUAGUAGCUGUUAAAGCUUCCAAAGAGAUAUCAAAGAAUGCGCUGGUGUGGGCAUUAACUCAUGUUGUUCAGCCUGGCGACUGCUUAACUCUUCUGGUUGUGAUGCCGCUGCAGAGUUCAGGCAGGAAACUGUGGGGUUUUCCUAGAUUUGCUGGGGACUGUGCAAGUGGUCACAGGAGAUCACAUACUGGAACUACCUUAGAGCAGAAAUCUGAUCUUACAUAUUUAUGUUCUCAAAUGAUGCUUCAACUUCAUGAUGUUUACGACCCAAACAAGGUUAAUGUCAAAGUAAAGGUUGUAUCUGGUUCGCCUUCUGGUGUUGUUGCUGCCGAAUCCAAGAGAGCUAAUGCCAGUUGGGUAGUUCUGGACAAGCAGCUAAAACACGAGGAGAAGCACUGCAUAGAUGAUCUACAAUCUAACAUAGUUGUCAUGAAGCGUUCUCAACCUAAAGUUCUUAGAUUGAAUCUUGUAAGAUCAGCUGAGGCUGAGUCCUCUGAGCUCUGUACUCUGCCUCAUGAGUUGGAUGCAUCAGCUAAUGACAUUAAGAAGGAUAUUAAGGGUCUUCAAGCAUGCAUUCAAGGUCCAACAGUUACCCCCUCGAGCAGCCCUGAGGUAGAGACAUCAUUUACUGCUACUGAAGCCGGAACAUCCUCGGUAUCAAGCUCUGAUCCGGGAACUUCACCAUUUUUUAUUUCUGAAACAAACGGCUUUCAUAAGAAAACAGAAAGAGUGGAAGUGAAGGAAAAUCAAAAUUUGGAUGUAACCAGCUCUGAUUCUGAUGGUGAAAGUUUGUGUCCUUCGACAACCCUCGAGUUACAGCCAUGGAUGGCCAGGAUUCUAUCUGGUGAGCGAUCAUCUUCUAAGCAUGUUGAAGGCAUCUCUCAUAGACUCAAUGAUUCUCGUAUAUCCAAAGCCAAAAUUUUGUUGGAGAAAUAUUCUAUGCCUAAUCAGCAAGCUGGAAUAAGUUCUAUGAACUUUAGAUCAGAGUGGAACUUUAGUGGGGAUGUGAGAGAAACUAUGACUGUAACCAGAAAUUCAACACCUGUACCACCUCCUUUAUGUUCAAUAUGCCAGCACAAGGCACCUGUGUUCGGAAAACCUCCUAGGUGGUUCACUUACUCCGAACUCGAACUUGCUACUGGUGGUUUCUCACAGGCAAACUUCUUGGCAGAGGGUGGUUUUGGAUCUGUUCAUAGAGGGGUGCUUCCUGAUGGACAGGCGAUUGCUGUGAAGCAACAUAAACUGGCUAGUUCACAGGGUGAUCAUGAAUUUGGCGCUGAGGUUGAAGUUCUAAGCUGUGCGCAGCACCGCAAUGUUAUUAUGCUGAUUGGGUUCUGUGUCGAGGAUAGAAGAAGGUUGCUAGUUUACGAAUAUAUUUGCAAUGGAUCGUUGGACUUCCAUCUCUAUGGUCGUAACCGGGAACCACUAGAAUGGGCUGCUAGACAAAAGAUUGCAGUUGGCGCGGCACGAGGAUUGAGGUAUCUACAUGAAGAGUGCAGGGUGGGUUGCAUAGUCCACCGAGACAUGAGGCCAAACAACAUCCUCAUCACUCAUGACUUCGAACCAUUGGUUGGUGAUUUUGGUCUAGCUAGAUGGCAACCAAAUGGAGAUCUUGGUGUAGAAACCAGAGUAAUUGGCACAUUUGGGUAUCUUGCGCCAGAGUAUGCGCAAAGCGGCCACAUCACAGAGAAAGCAGAUGUUUAUUCAUUUGGGGUCGUAUUAGUGGAGCUUGUGACCGGACGCAAAGCUGUGGACAUCAACAGGCCAAAGGGCGAGCAAUGCCUCACUGAAUGGGCUCGUCCACUUCUAGAGGAAUUUGCAAUUGAUGAGCUGAUAGAUCCAUGCUUGGUUAAUCGUUACUCUGAACAUGAAGUGGUUUGCAUGUUGCAUGCAGCUUCAUUGUGUAUUCAGCGAGAUCCUCAGGCUAGGCCUAAAAUGUCUCAGGUUCUGCGCAUUCUGGAAGGGGAUUUGGUGAUGGAAGCCAACUUCAUGUCGUUCCCAGGCAGUGAUGUUGGCAGCAGGAGCGGAAGAUUGUGGUCCGAGCAACAAGUCGGUCAAAAACAGUAUCAUAAUCGUUCAAGCAGUUUCGGUGGAGAGCAAUCUUAUGAUCUGCUGAGAACUGAUUGGGGAGAGAAGCCAGCUUUUCUUAGGAGGUAAAUCAUUCAAAGAUCUGCUUGUUGCUGUUGUUAUUCUGUGAUCAUCCUUUGUACCUAUUUGUAUAGUGUUUUGCAACAGGAGUUUCAUUUCUCACAUUCUGCAAAUUGUUUACAUUUCAUUCUCGGAAAAUCUCUAAAUUUUUUUGUUUUCAGCU